AUGGGUGGACGGGGCCCGGGGGUGGUUGACAAGCUGGAUCUCGCCAAGGCGAGAGUCAGUUCGGGACGAGGAGUCGCGUGUAGGAAUCUCUUGAGUCAUGCGCAGGCGAUAAGUGAAGUGAAUGGUGGCAUUGAGCAGCUGGGCGCCACCAAGGUGGGAGUUGCUGAGAUUCGAUCUGCACCGCACCUGCUUCUCCUAGACCCACGUCUGCCCCACUGCAUAGAGUUGGGACCCCACAACGCGGGCACACUGUUCAUCCAGGCCCAAGGUACUAUCCCCUCCCCUCUCCACUCCAUACCCCCUCCCACCCAACCCUCCUUCCCCACCCCUCCCAGCUCCGCACCUUCCUCUCCCACAUCAAUGUCUGCUACUACUAGUAGUGGGCCUAUAUCCGUGCUCUCCGUUGCUCUUAAACCAUUCCGUCUCACCAACCGCGUUACUCCCUUUCCUUCUUGUUUCCCCGUGUCCCUCCUCCUACCCCUUGCUCUCCCUGUUGCGCCACUCUGUGCCGUGCGGCGUUCCGCCCAAGUGAGCCCCGCAGCACUCGUGCCCGCAUUCUGCUCCUCCUCGGGGCCGCUUCGCCUGGACGCCGCAAGCACCACGGGCAGCGCAGGUAGACCGGUGGCGGGUCCAGUGGAGCUGCAGGGUGAACGCAGAUUCAACAGUAGCGGCAGCGGUGUGGUGCUGCACUGGGCAGCUUGUGUGACAUUCAUCCUUGUUGACCUUGAUGACCCCAUUCAUCCUCUGCAUAAACCAGCUGUCCCCAUCUCAGGUGCUCCUCCUCUGCCCUCCAUCACCCUCCCAUCUGCUCCCACCAUUCCAGCCACGCAGCAUCACCAUAGCCAUUGCACCCUCAGACACCACCCCUCCCUCUCGCCCACCAUCACCUACGUUAUGACCAUCUGCUGUCACUCGAUUCUCCCCUCCAUGCCCUUCUAA